AUGUCGUUUACUUCUGUCCAAAAUGGGCGUGUCACGGACUCACGCUCGUUAACUCCAAUUCGCAGUGCACCACCAGUCAAAGAAAAGGAACCACCAGAUCCAAAUAAGGCGGAUCCACGCCUAACUAUCAAUCGUGCUCUCAUCUAUGAGCGCCAACUGCCCGGUGAUGCUUAUAUCACCGCACAUGUCCAACGACUUCAGCAUGGCUAUUACUCCAGCGACACCGUCUCAGAUGAGGAUGCUGAACACGUGGAUUUUCUCGCCAUUGCAUUCACCUUUCAUUCGCCGCACACUACCACGCACCGCAUCAAGUCCGCCACGAUUAGUGUAUCAGUUCAUGGGAACCGUGAUCUUUCAAGUUCAAAGUCAUACCCUUAUGGACAUCCACCCGGUAAUCCACGCUUCCUUAUGCAUGCGCCGCAUCUGAUCUAUGGCAGUGUUUCCCCGGAGACCAUGGAGUGGACAUUCAGUCUGGCUGGAUCCCUUGGAAUCUCGGAGAUGCCCGUUAGUGCAAGCGUCAUUUCCUCGGGGAGCCUCAAUGGCCGGUACAAGCGCUAUGAGAUGAUGCGUAUCCAAGGUUCUGCGCGUACUUUGAAGAACCCAGCUGGCCGCGAAUUCGACGUCGAAGCUGGCAAAAUCGUUUGGUCCAUGGAAGAGAACAAUGUCCAGCGGUCCGGUCUACCACGAGAGUUUACCUUUGUCAUGUUAGUUCAAAAGCCCUCGGCAAAUAGCAAAAUUUCCCUGUCGAUCGAUGUCGACCCCGUCAUCGACGCGAUGAUUGGCAGUUACCCAUCAUUGCUGCUGAAACUGCCCGAGUACCAACCUUUGAAACGCCGGGGCGUCAAUUUCCAACAAGAAGUCGGACAGCGGUUUGAGCCCGUGAACCCGGUGCGCGGGUUCAACUUUGCAGAACUCGGGAGCAUGUUCGAUGAGUACAUCGCCAUGCCGGGAAGGAAGUUCAGUCGUCAGAUCCAAAUCCCAGCCGAGACCGGCAUCCCUGAGGAUCACUUCCAGGGCACCUACCCAGGACAGUACGGGUCUCUUAAUCCAAUCCCGUACCAGCAACAACUGCAGAACAGUCUCUCCCUGCAGAACAGCCUCCUUCAGACGACCCUACAAAACCUCUGGACCAUCCAGCCGAGGAGGGAAGAAACCCAUUCCCGCCCGCAGCAAGUGUCCUCCCAGACCCAAAACCAAAACCAAAGCCAAAGCCACUACUCCCCCAAAACACCUCAUCCCCACCCUCACCCUCACCCUCACUCAGCACCAACAACCCCCUCCAGAAUCCCCCCAACAGCCGCCAUAAGCAUUCCUCUGAACCUCCACCUCCACCUCGACCCCGCCACCACCACACACCUCACCAACCUGGCACAUAUAAGACAGGCUCCCUCCCCUCUGUCCCCUCGCCGCACACCAAGCCUACGGCGCACGCAAGCACGGGAAUUCCCCAGUACACACGUGGCGAGCGGGACAUCAAACACCUCCACAACCUCCUCGCCAAGCCUAACAGAGUCGAUUGUCCCGCAUACGGACGCGCGUCCGCAGCAGCGGAGCCACACCCUUUCGGAGAUCGCGGAGGGGGAUGGCCCUGACGCUGGUCCUGAUGAGGAGGAGGAAGAUCGUGCGUUGCUUCAUCUAUCGAAGAAGCCGGUUCACACGCCUGGGACUCCCAGACGCGUUGCGAGACGGGAUCCGGUUGGUGGUGCUCGUGGUCAUCGGAGAGGUAUGAGUGGUGUUAACUCGAAGACCCAGGCUGCAGUAUCUCGCUCAAUUCCCAGAAGCUGA